AAUGGCAUGUUAAACUUGGGGCAACACACAUGUCCUCAACGAUGCAUUGCAAUCAAAAAGAGCAUUUGUUUAAAAUCCUUGUCAUCGGUGAUUUGGGAGUAGGGAAAACCAGCAUCAUCAAGCGUUAUGUUCAUCAGACGUACUCCACUAAUUACAGAGCGACCAUUGGUGUGGAUUUCGCGCUCAAAGUUCUCAACUGGGACUCAGAGACGAUCCGGCUGCAGCUGUGGGACAUCGCAGGUCAAGAGCGCUUCGGGAACAUGAUGCGAGUUUAUUACAGAGAGGCCAUGGGGGCGUUUAUUGUUUACGAUGUUACCAGGCCCACAACAUUCGAGGCAGUCUCCAAAUGGAAGGAGGAUCUGGACUCAAAAUUAAUACUUUCAAAUGGCCAGAGUAUUGCCACAGUGCUCCUAGCCAAUAAGUGUGACCAAAACAGAGACUUUCUGACAAACAGUGGCCUUAAGAUGGACCAGUAUUGCAAGGAGAAUGGAUUUGUGGGCUGGUUUGAGACAUCUGCAAAGGAAAACAUCAACAUUAACGAAGCAUCCAACUUCUUGGUGAAACACAUAAUCGCCAGUGAGCAUGAUAUCCUCAAAUCUGUGGUUCCAGACACCAUCUCUCCUCAGCUCAACUCUACCAAAUUAAUGACCUGUUCUGCCUGUUUCAAACCCUGAAAAAAAUGGCCACAGCCUAUGGAAGCACAAAGGGGUGUUCCCUGGGGCUGAAGAGGAUAACAUCACAAUCCCUCUGAUCCCAGCUAGCAUUAUGUUCAUUCAUCGAAAAGCCGAAACCAAUAGAGAAAUAUGACCGUCCGUUAGUAACAGCUUGUACAGCAUUAAACUACUGACAUCUUAAGCUUGCACACAGAGUAAAUGUAUUUGUGUAUGAAACUGCACUUUUUUUGUCUUUUUGUGUUAUUUAUGGCUAACAACAAUCUGGGUAGUUCUGCUUGUAGUAUUUCUGUUAGACAGACGGAUGGAUGAUGAUAGUUUCAGAGAAUCUAAGGGAGUAUUUCAUCAGUAUGUACACCAUCAAUCUAGUUGUUUGAAUGACCUAAAUGUCAACUAAAAAAUAACAUCAUGCUUUCUUAAAAAUAUAUUUGAAUUAUGAGGGGUGUUAAUAUGCAGACAUGCUAAAUGUCCCCUCUCCUUGCACAUCUCAAGCUUUAUCUACCUCCAUAUUUCCAUUUCAUCCCCCUUUUUCACUCCACUUUUACUCUCAGAAUCUCACAGUUUUACACUUUACAGUGAUUCAGUGUAUGACUCAUUGACAUUAUAUAAAUAUCUCAUGAUUCCCUACAUUGCCAUGUGCUUUAUGCAAAAGCUUUAAUGUGUGAUGAUGUGUGUAUUGAUCUGAUGCCUGUUCAUAUCCAUCCAUACCUGCUGCAAGCACAGAGCUUUUAUUCCUUGAUUUUAUUGUGUAUGUGGGAGGUGUUGUAGAAUUGUGUAGUUGUGUUUUCGUGAGCUGUUUUUUGUUUAGUCAUUGUGUUUUACAAAAAAAACCCUGACAUAUGAAAACCUUUUUUGAUUUGCAAGGUUUUACAUUAAAUUGGAUGUGAUAAAUGCUCACUGUUGUGACUGAGAGAUAUGCUCUUUUAUUGUCAAGUAUUUGUAUAUGAAAAACACAUAGUAUGAAGUCUACAUUUUGUGUUGCUGUUGAGUUUAAAAUAAUAUUACUGAAUGAAACAAAAACCUUUGUUGACUGGCAGUAAAUUCCAACUGGAAUAGCAUUAUGAACACAAGUGUUAUCAUCAGGAGUUAUGCUUUAAUGCUUGUAUAACAACAUAAACGUGAUCUCUCAUGUGGAAUAACUAGGGCUAUGGGAACGCUGGACAAAUUACAGGCUUGUAGUCCUUAUUUUCACACCUAUAUUCAACUCUAGUGUUAUUACCAUGACAAAUGCAUGGUGCUUUUCUUUUUAGAUUCUAGCAAUUGCAAGGUAUACUUUUUUGUUUUCAUUUUAAUUUUAACUAUGUAUUUACAUAUAUUAUUAUGUGAAGAGGCACAUAAUCCCAGGUCCCUGGAAGGUCAUCUGAAAUAAGUCAAUACAAAAAUUCACAAAAUUCUGAGAAUUCAAAUUUAAAAAUGUGCAACAGUCAAAUGUACCAGACUGUUGCAUCAUAAUGAGGAAUUUAGAGACUUUUCUAAAUUCUAGAGGGUAAAGUACAUUUGUAUAUCCUCCUGAGACCGUGUGAUUGCUGUGCGCAUUUUCCAUUUCCCUUUAUGAUUUGUAACUAUAGUAGCACCAAAUAA